AUGGGCGGAAGAAAGCCGAAGCGCAGGCCGUUUGCCGUAGGCAGCUUCAACGUCCGCGGGCUGAACUCAAAUUUCCGUCAGGACGCCUUGCGACGCGACCUAAAAAGCUAUCGUAUCGACUUGUGUUGUCUUCAGGAAACAAAGCUGACUAGCAGCCUUGACACUGAUAAGGACGUCUAUCGACUUAUCGCCCUGGCACCUCAAUGUCGCCACUAUGGGCUUGCAUUUGUUGUGUCGUCUUCGUUAUCGUCGCAAAUUCAGAAAUAUUGGAGCUUGUCGGACCGAGUGGCUGUGCUGACUAUCAACCUGCCUUCACGGGCGGGCAAUGGAGGCACCAAGGCAUCCACUCUCGCCAUUAUCAAUGUGUACGCACCAACGUCUUCGUUAGUUGCCCGCGACGCUGAUGAAUUGGACAAAUUCUAUUCCGACUUGAAUAGUGCAUAUAAUCAAAUAAAAUCGUCAGCUAUCGUCCUCUUCGCUGGAGACUUCAAUGCUAAGGUUGGGAAAAAGUCGGAUGCAAGAGAAACAUGUGGGAGGCAUGGUAGAGGGAAAAGGAACCUGAGUGGCCAAAGCCUGAUAGACUUUUGCCAUGCUAGUGACUUGUUCAUCUGUAACACUGCCUUUCAGCAUAAUGCACGGCAUGUGACUACUUGGACAGGACAUCGCAGGGAUGGAGCCAGUGGAGCUACUGUUCCUGUGUAUAACCAAAUAGAUUACGUGCUGUGUAAAUCUACCCAGAGGCGGCUUCUCCUUGACAGUCGUAGCUAUGGUGGAUGCACCCUCUCGUCUAACCACAGGCUCGUUGUUGCGCGGUUGGACCUCCAGAGGCUAUAUGGAAUAUUUGGACAGAGGAAGAAAGAUGAUCUGCAGGCGCCUAAGUUCAACACAUUCAAACUAGCCGAAGGACAAGUCCAAGAGGAAUAUGCUGAGAAGUUGGCCAGUGAGCUGCUAGCUGCCGAUCAGGUCCAAGGCAAUACCGGCCUGCAGGAAAGAUCCCGGAGGCUUAUGGAAGUGGUCAGGAGUGCAGCAGGUGAUGUCCUUGGCACAGUCCAGCAGAAAACUCGUCGCAAAGCACCAGAUCAUGAAAUUGAGCUGCUGUCCCUGGAACAGAGAUCACUGCGGAUCAGCAUUGGUAGCACUAACAACCCUGACACCAAAGCAUCUCUCAAGACGAAACGAAACAGAAUCCUUCACGCAAUGCAAUGCAGAGAAAAUUAUGCAAGAGAGAGCAGCGGAAGUCGAGAGGUUGAAGAAUGGAGCACGGAUGUCCAGACACAAUCGGCACCGUGGAUCCCAGCACCGGGGGGACCACCGUCUCGGAAGUCACCAAAGGUAAAGGGGGUGGCUCAGGCGAAGGGGGAUCAGUGA